AACGUCAGCAGGUCCUGCCAUGAGCCCUACGAGCGUUUCCGGGGCGCGGUCUAAAGGAGCAGCGACUGCUAUCGUGCUAGCUCUGGAGCUCCUCAUUAACUAGCAGUUCCGCUACUUGAUGCAAUGUCAACCUGGACUUCAUUUAGGAGCGAUAUAGUUCUACGUACAAAUUGUGUAUUCUCUAAUGAAUGAAAAUAGCGGUUUGAGUGGCAGCUUUGCGCUUGUGUGGCACGUGCCACCCGAUUUAGAAGAGUCCUGUCUGUGUCUCGUUUCGUAAACUAGCUCGGCUAUCGGUGACACAGUCGUAAACACUUUCGAGUGCCGGCCUGCUAUCACGACGUGUGCUGCUGUACCCGAGACGAGCUCCACGGUCGUUCCAGCGACGUGUGAUUUUCUUCGACUGUUGUCAUGGAAAAGGCAGAUUUCCUAAAAGGGCUUCCCGUCUACAAUAAAACAAACUUCAGUAGGUUUCACGCAGACUCUGUUUGUAAAGCAUCUAAUCGGAGGCCCUCUGUCUAUCUUCCAACACGUGAAUACCCUUCUGAACAGAUUAUCGUCACAGAGAAAACCAACAUCCUUCUGCGCUACCUCCAUCAUCAGUGGGACAAAGAGAAUGCAGCAAAGAAACGGGAACAGGAGCAAGGGGAGGGCGACAGCCCUGCGCCCCCAAGAAAGAUUGCCAGGACAGACAGCCAAGAAAUGAAUGAAGACUCAUAAAUGUGUGUAGUUUUGUGUUGUAUGUGUCUGUGUGUGCAGGGCAUAGCCAAUCAAAACGAAAAAAAAAAAAAAAUUAUUCCCACCUCAGUGACAGCGUGCGGCCACUCUGUUUCGGGCAAGGGGCCGCGCGUCUCAUAGGCCGGGAUAUUCGGUGGGUAAACUAAGAGGGCUUCACUGUGAAGUAAAAGAAAUCCACACUUUUAAACGGACUCUUUGAGAACUGAAGAAAAAAAACCCUCCUUGGGCCCGGUUGCAUAUGCCUUUUGUUGUGAUAGGAUCCGUGUACUGUGUCAUGUAUGUUUGUAUGCAUGCUGAGCUGUGUGUGUAUCGUGCUGUACAUGUGUGGUAGCCGAUGUGUCGAAAAGGCAGUUUUAAACUUGACGAGUGGCUUGCCGAGUCGAGUCUUAAAACGGUCCCAAUUGGACUUCUUGUUUAUUGUUGAAGUACGGCAAUGCGCUUCCUGCCUGCCAAAGUGCCCCCCCCCCCCCCUUCUCACUUUCACUGCCCCACUCUGUAACAAUGGCGACGUUUUUCCCCGCUGGUUUGAGUCCACUCAACCGAGAACGGAAUGCGAAGAACAGCACAAAAGUAGAAACACCGCUCCAUUUGGUUCUUGGUUUUUGGUCGGACUUCACAAAAAAUCUCCCCACAUGCAUCUUGCACCUAUCAUCUAAGUGAGGCUAAUAUGUCAAAGGACGUGCAUAUUCUACAACUUAAUGUUGGAUUUCCUAGUUUGAGCAAACAUUUUUUUUGUAAAUAAAUGUCAAUUCCAUAAUUUAAUUUAAAAUGCACUUGUUAAAUAUGUGUAUUUAGGUACAUUAUAAAAGAGGUGUACAAUGUAAGAGUGGAGCCUCAGUGCAGAGUAGAUGUGAUCCUGGCCUUGCCUUUUUAUUUCCCCCUCCAGACCCCCUCCCUUGGCAUUUCUGGAUUGUUAGCCUUAGAGGCCUUACGACUGGUCACCGCUGUUUGGAUUCAUCACCUUCGUUUUGGUGACUUUGAUAGUUCCGUGGUGCGGCGUUAAAAGAGGUUGUUUUUAGCAUGCAGCCAAAUGCAGUUCACAUCUCUGCUUGGUCCUUUAGUUGUCCAUUACAAUACUGAGUAAAGAUAUAUGUAUAUGUGUAUAUAUAUAUAUAUAUAUAUAUAUAUAUAUAUACACACACACACACACAUAUGUACAAAUAUAUGUGAUGGAGAUUACAACAAAUGAGGUCCAUCAACUCCCGCUACCCGUUGUGUAAAUAUCCAGUCAGUUUCAGCCAUAUGAUGCUUCUGCUAAGACUGUUCUACGACACAUGAAGCCUUUUCCCAAUCUUGUGUUAGAUGAUUUUUUUUUUGUUUGUUUUGUUUUUUCUAGCUUUGCUGAAAUAAAACUGGACUGACAUA